UCUAUUUUUAGCAUGACAAGGUUCCCUAAAGAAAAUCAUGUAUAUAGCCCUUCUCUCUCUCAGAGGAAUUUCGUUUAGGGUUUGGGGUGUUGGUGAUCAUAGUGUAUCUGAAACUUCACUCACAGUAGAGUCCAGGUGAUGAGGUGAGAUCGAUGUUGUUGUGUUUUGUUACCAUACUACUGUCCAUUAGUUAAUAUCUGGAAGAUGACUUUUUUCUUGAGAAGUUUGUUGGCAACAUCGCUCUCUGCUGCUGCUAGUAAUAGUAAUAAUAGUAAUAAUAGUAAUAGAAGUAUGAGUAGAACAAGUAUUAUUAAGACUCAGCUUAAGAAUAGAUGUAGAGUUGGAGCAACACAAGAACUACCCACGCCUCCUUCAUUACGAGUUUGUUCACAAUCACACUUAGCUGCUAAGACUAAGACUAAGAAGAAAGACAAGAAGAACAAGAAUAUUAGUAUCUCAACUACUACUAUUACUAAGCCUCCUCAUCAUGAUAAUGAUAACGAUCAUGAUGCUGAUGAUGAUGAUGAUUUGAUGAUCACCAACAAUGAAACUACCACUACUGCAACUACUAACAAGUCUUCUACUGAAACAACAACAACAACAAAGGACGAGGAGGACAAGAAGAAGAAGAAGAAGAAGAAGAAGAAGAGAUCACUAAGUCCGGUGAUUAUUAUGCACGCUAGAUAUCCUACUCCUAAUCCUACUCCUACACCAAACAUACAAGUCAAAUUCAUUAACCAAGGUUUUGGAUACACCCCCCCUCAUCUUAGAGAUCUACUAAAGGUAUACUGCCGCCAAGAGAAGUUUUAUGAGGGGUUUUAUAUAGAUUCUUAUCCGGAACUAGAAGAAGUCAGGCUUGAUCUUGUUAGAUCAUGUUCGGUAGAUGAUCCCAGAGCCCAAGAGCUUGCUAAAUGGGCAAUCGAACAGUAUAACGCUGACAACGACAAGGGUGAGAAGCUUGAGUUUCAGAAGAUUGUGAGAGUGAAUAGAAUACUAAAACUUCGUAGUAGUAAUUACUAUGUAACAAUGGGUGUGUUAGGAGCAUGGCACCGUUACUAUGAAGCUAAAGUUUCAUAUGACUAUAAAAUCAUUUCUCAUGGUCGCUGCGUUCCCUCUAAAACACUUCACUUCUGUAGAUAUGCUCGCCACUAUCCAAUGGUCUAUUAGUUACCCAUCAAUCACUUCAUUAUUAUUAUUAUUAUUAUUAUUAUUAUUAUUAUUAUUAUUAUUAUUAUUAUUAUGUAUUUGUGUCUUGAACUUGUAAUUAAUUAUAUAUUUAUUAGAAUUCUUAUGUUAUACAUUUGAUUUUAGGAAUACAUUUUUAUAUAAUUAAAACUUUUAUUUAUGCUAUA